AUGCAAAAUAUUCAUCCACCUUUCAGAGGGGCACUGUGGGAGUCCAACCAUCCAUGUAUGCCAGUAAUUAAAAGCAGACCAACUUUUACGACACUGCCCUUUUAUAACUUUCUGUUAUGGGUCCUCCUCGGAGUAUUGACAUUCCCUUGUUGUGUCCGCUGUUUAAUAUUCAAAGUGGGGGUCCUGGGGCCUUGGAAUUGCGACCCUGUGCAGAACAGGGCUCUGCCGGCUGCAGCCGCAAGGCUCGCUGUAAACAGGAUAAACGGAGACCUCAAUCUGGAUCUAGGCCUUAAACUGGACUUUAUCAUUCUCCAGGAACCUUGCGAAACCUCCACAGCUCUCACUGCAUUUAUUUACAAUGAGAACAAGGCGGAUGUGUUUAUUGGCCCCACAAACCCGGGAUACUGUGUUGCCGCUUCUCUGCUUUCCAAGAACUGGGAUAAGGCCCUCUUCUCGUAUGGCUGUGUUAACUAUGAGCUGGACCGGGUCAUAGGAUACCCAACCUUUUCCAGGACAGUACCUUUUCCCUCUGAGGUGCUGUUCAUCGUGUUGAAAUACUUUAGGUGGGCCAGUGUUGUGGUGAUCUCAACCAAUGAGGAUAUAUGGAGGGACACUGCUGCGAGAGUUGCUACUGCUCUCAGACGUGAGGGUCUUCCUGUUGGCCUGGUUACAUCCAUUGGCAUGAAUGAGACAGAGAUGGAGAGCACACUGAGGAAAAUCCAGGAAGCAGGAGAAAUCAGGGUCAUCAUCAUGUGCAUGCACUCAGUCCUCAUUGGAGGGGAGCAGCAGGCUACCUUUCUUCUCAAAGCACAGGAAAUGGGCCUGACCUCAGGGAAGUAUGUAUUCAUGCCCUACGACACCCUCCAUUACAGCCUGCCCUACACGAACGUCUCAUUCUUCCCCCUGCAAAACAACAGCAGGCUGAGGGAGGCCUAUGAUGCUGUGCUCACCAUCACCAUGGCCUCUGAGCCUUUUUCCUUCAAUGAGGCAUUCGCUGCCGCCAAGAGGAGUCAGGAAAUCACGCUAGACGUGCAGCCUGAGCAGGUUAACCCACUAUUUGGGACUAUCUAUAACAGCAUAUACCUGGUGGCCAAGUCCAUCCACAAUGUCAGGAAGGCAGGAGAGCUGCUGUCAGGAGUCAACCUGGCGUACUUCACAAAGAACACAAACUUCACCGGAUUCAACCAGAGGAUCAUGGUGGACGCUGCUGGGGACGUUCUGACCAAGUACGUCAUCCUGGACUCUCACGGCAUUGGGAGCCAGCUCUACCAGACCUUUCUGUUGGACCUUAAGUCCAGAGUGCUUAGUUUUGCUGGCAAUAUCAUUCAUUUUCCUGGAGGAUAUCCUCCGCCAUCUGAUUCAAGCUGCUGGUUUGACAAAAACGUCCUCUGCACUGGAGGUGUGGAGGUCACCUACAUCAUAGUGGUGUUUGCUGUCAUCUUGUCUAUGGCUGUUGGAGGGCUCCUUAUUGGUCUUUACAUCAGGAGGAGACUCCAACAAAUCCGACUGCUCAAAGGUCCUAAUCGGAUACUCCUGACUUUAGAAGAUCUCACAUUUAUCGAUCCUCAGCCAAGCAACAAGAAACUUAAUUUAGAAGAUCUAGGCGACUCAAAGAGCGCUAUAGAGGAGAAAUCUGGAGACCGCUCACACUCUGUAAACAGCUUACAGACAACCACUCAUGAGACCACCAAUGUAGCCGUGUACGAGGGCGACUGGGUGUGGCUGAGGAAAUUUAAGAAGGGUCAGUUCAAAGAAGUGAAACAGAGCACCAUCAGGAUUUUCACAAAGAUGAAAGACCUGAGAAACGAGAACGUGAAUCCGUUCCUUGGCUUCUUUCUGGACUGCUCUAUGUUUGCGGUGGUGACGGAGCACUGCUCCCGGGGCAGUCUGCAGGACCUGCUGAGAAAAGAGGACGUCAAAUUAGACUGGAUGUUCAAGUCCUCGCUUUUGCUCGACCUCAUCAAGGGUAUGAAAUACCUUCACCACAAAGAAUUCCCCCAUGGCAGACUUAAAUCUCGUAACUGUGUGGUGGACGGGCGUUUUGUCCUGAAGAUUACUGACCAUGGCUUCAAUGAGCUGCUGGAUGCUCAAAAAGCUCCUUUAGAAGAACCUCCACCUGAAGAGUUAUUUUGGACAGCUCCAGAGUUCUUAAGGGACACUGCGAACUCACGCAAAGGCACCUACAAGGGAGACGUGUACAGCUUCUCCAUCAUCCUUCAGGAGGUGGUGGUCAGAGGGCUUCCAUACUGCAUGCUGGGUCUGACACCCGAGGAGAUCAUACGUAAGGUGAAGAAGCCCCCGCCCAUGUGCCGCCCCACUGUGGCCCCGGACCAGGCUCCUCUGGAGUGUAUCCAGCUGAUGAAGCAGUGCUGGAGCGAAAUGCCAGAGCGCCGACCAACAUUUCAUGAGAUCUUUGACCGGUUCAAGAUAAUCAACAAGGGGAAGAAGACAAACAUCAUUGACUCCAUGCUGCGGAUGCUGGAGCAGUACAGCUCCAACCUGGAGGAUCUCAUCAGAGAGAGAACAGAAGAGCUGGAGGCGGAAAAACAGAGAACAGAAAAACUGCUGUCAGAGAUGCUGCCACCUUCUGUGGCCGAGGCCCUGAAGACCGGAGCCACAGUGGAGCCAGAGUACUUUGACCAGGUGACGAUCUACUUCAGCGACAUCGUAGGUUUCACCACCAUCUCCUCGCUCAGUGAUCCCAUCGAGGUGGUCGACCUUCUCAAUGACCUCUACUCUCUGUUUGACGCCGUGCUCAGCAACCAUGAUGUCUACAAGGUGGAGACCAUUGGGGAUGCUUACAUGGUAGCAUCUGGUUUGCCCAAAAGAAAUGGCAACAAGCACGCUGCUGAGAUUGCCAAUAUGUCCCUGAACAUUCUCAGCUCGGUGGGAACCUUUCACAUGCGGCACAUGCCAAACGUGCCCGUCAGGAUACGCAUAGGCAUCCAUUCAGGGCCCUGUGUUGCUGGAGUGGUCGGUCUGACGAUGCCUCGGUACUGCCUUUUUGGAGACACCGUCAACACUGCGUCUCGUAUGGAAUCCACUGGGCUGCCUUAUAGAAUCCAUGUUAACAUGAACACUGUGAAAAUCCUCCAUUCUCUAAAUGAAGGUUAUAAAAUAGAUGUGAGAGGCAAGACAGAGCUGAAGGGUAAAGGUAUUGAAGAGACUUACUGGCUUGUAGGGAAAACAAACUUUACAAAGCCUUUGCCAAGUCCGCCAGAGAUCAAACCGGGGGACAACUGGCAGGAAAUGGUGACUGAGGAGAUCAAGACUCUUUUUCGCGAGGCCAACAGGCAGGUGGAUAAAAAGACCUGAAAGAAAGGAAGAGAAGGAAAGAUGUGACAAAGGAAGGAAACCAGAGGAAGGACAGACAGAAGGACACAUCCUGAGGAAUAGAGAGCUGGAGCACCCAGGC